UUCUUCCCAUCAUGCCCCUGACCAGGUCUCUGUCCAUGAGCUCUCUGAGCGGUCUUCCUCUGUGGGAGGAAGAGGAGUUACCUGUGGAGGAUCUGCUGCUGUUUGAGAUAGCAUGGGAAGUCACCAACAAAGUGGGAGGGAUUUACACCGUCAUCCAGACCAAAGCUAAGAUCACAGUGGAUGAGUGGGGUGAGAACUUCUUCAUGAUCGGCCCUUACUACGAACACAACUUCAAGACACAGGUGGAGAAGUGUGAACCUCCAAACUCUGCCGUGAAAGCAGCCAUGGAGUCCAUCACCAACAACGGCUGUCAGGUGCACUUUGGCCGGUGGCUCAUAGAAGGCAGUCCGUAUGUGAUCCUAUUCGAUAUCGGCGCCGCAGCCUGGAACCUGGACCGCUGGAAGGGAGACUUGUGGAACACUUGCGGCAUCGGGCUGCCGUACCACGACCGAGAGGCCAACGACUCGCUCAUCUUCGGUUCACUCGUGGCCUGGUUCUUCAAAGAGCUAACAGAUCGUCUUCGGGACAAACCCAACGUAAUCGCUCACUUCCACGAGUGGCAGUCCGGAGUCGGCCUCGUGCUCAGUCGCUCCCGUAAGAUCCCCAUGGCCACCAUGUUUACUACACACGCUACGCUCCUGGGUCGCUAUCUGUGUGCUGGAAAUAUGGACUUCUACAACAACCUGGAUAAGUUUGAUAUCGACCGGGAGGCGGGAGAGAGGCAGAUCUACCACCGCUACUGUCUGGAGAGAGCUGCAGUGCACUGCUCGCACGUUUUCACCACCGUCUCUCAGAUCACCGCGGUGGAGGCCAACCACAUGCUUCAUAGGAAACCCGAUGUGGUUACACCAAACGGUCUGAAUGUAAAAAAGUUCUCGGCUAUGCACGAGUUUCAGAACCUGCACUCGCUGAACAAACAGAAGAUCCAGGAGUUUGUGAGAGGACAUUUCUACGGACAUCUGGACUUCAAUCUGGAGAAAGCGCUUUUCUUCUUCAUCGCAGGCCGGUACGAGUUUUCCAACAAAGGAGCCGAUAUUUUCCUGGAGGCGUUGUCCAGGCUAAAUUACCUGCUUCGGGUGCAUAAGAGUGACGUGACGGUGGUGGUUUUCUUCAUCAUGCCAGCGAAGACGAAUAACUUCAACGUGGAAAGCCUGAAAGGUCAAGCCGUGCGCAAGCAGCUGUGGGACACCGCGCAGUCGGUGAAGGAGAAGUUCGGCAAACGCUUGUAUGAUGCCUUGUUAAGGGGCGAGAUCCCAGACAUGAGCAAGAUCUUAGACAAAGACGACUUCACCAUAAUGAAGAGGGCCAUUUACGCAACGCAGUGUUCGACGUCUCGUGUCUGUCGUCUCAUUCAUGGAUCAGCGCUCUUAUCGAUUGCCGAUUUCUUCCUCUCGUGUUCUUCAUUCACACACUUGCAGAGACACACUCUCCCUCCAGUGACCACUCACAACAUGCUGGACGACUCGACGGACCCUAUCCUGAGCAACAUCCGCCGCAUCGGCCUCUUCAACGGCCGCAACGACAGAGUCAAGAUUGUUUUCCACCCCGAGUUCCUGUCCUCCACCAGCCCCCUGCUGCCCAUGGACUACGAGGAGUUCGUCCGCGGCUGCCAUCUGGGAGUCUUUCCAUCUUAUUAUGAACCCUGGGGAUACACACCAGGCGAGUGCACGGUGAUGGGCAUCCCGAGUGUGACGACUAACCUCUCCGGGUUCGGCUGCUUCAUGGAGGAGCACAUAUCAGACCCGACUGCCUACGGAAUUUAUAUCGUGGACCGACGUUUCUGCUCAGCAGACGAGUCGUGUAAUCAGCUCACUCAGUUCAUGUUCACGUUCUGCCAGCAGUCACGACGGCAGCGUAUCAUCCAGCGCAACCGCACAGAACGCCUGUCAGACCUGCUGGACUGGAGAUACCUCGGCCGGUUCUACAUGCACGCCAGGCACCUGGCCCUCAGCAGAGCUUUUCCCGAGCUAUAUAAACUGGACACGCUCGCACCUCCACCGACUCAAGGAUUCCGUUACCCCCGUCCCCCGUCGGUCCCGCCCUCUCCCUCAGCCUCCCUCCACUCCACCCCACAUCACAGCGACGCCGAGGACGAGGACGAGGACGAGGACGAAGACGCCGCCGAGCCCUACGAUGAAGAAGAGGAGGCCGAGAGGGACAGAGUGAACAUCAAGUCGCCCUUCAGUCUAGGAGCCGUACCGAAGGGUAAGAAGAAGCAACCGGGAGAAUACGGGAAUUAGAGAUGCCACGCCCACACCACACAAAACCCCGCCCACUUUCACACCUUGCCCCACCCACUUCUUUAGCUCAACAUUCCGGAAGUAUGAAGCAUGUUGAUGUCACGAAGAAAUGGCAUUUCUGAUUGUGGACACCACGACCACAAUAAGUUGAGUGCAAAAGUUUGUGCCCCCCCCCGCUUUUUUUUUUGUAUUAAAGGAGGAUGUUUUACAAUUUCCCCAUUAAAACGUGUGUGUCUCCA